UCACAGUCACACUCAUUCCGUAACCAACCGUAUUCUCUAGACUUCCCCACCAAGAGAGAAAAAGACAUAGACAUCCACUCACAGACUCACUCACACAACACAAUGUCAUGUUAAAAACCUAAUUAACCAUUUAAUUACACACACUCUCUCUAAAAAAAAUAGUAAUAAUUUCUGUUAACAAAUGCCGUCUCAGCAACCGUCGUCCACCUCUCAAUCCCGGGCUUGCCCCGUCGACCCGCGAAUCUGGCGCGCUUGUGCUGGCUCCUCCGUUCAAAUCCCCUCCCCAAACUCUAGGGUUUACUACUUCCCCCAAGGCCACGUGGAGCAAACGUGUCCUUCCGUCACUGUCCCUCUCGCCAAGCCUGUCAUUCCUUGUACCGUCUCUCACGUCGAGUUUCUCGGCGAUCCUCUCACCGACCAGGUCUUUGCUAAAGUUCUUCUCAAACCUGUGGAUUCGUUCGAUUCUUCAUCUUCUGGAAAAUUCUUUUACCAGCAGCAACAGCACAAUGAGAAUGCGAUUUUUCCGUUCGCCAAGGUUUUAACGCCGUCAGAUGCGAAUAACGGCGGUGGUUUUUCCGUCCCGAGGUUUUGUGCUGACUCGAUUUUCCCGCCACUUAACUACCAAGCAGAUCCUCCCGUGCAGACGUUGUCUAUUACGGAUAUUCAAGGAACCGUUUGGGAGUUUCGCCACAUUUAUCGUGGGACGCCGAGACGGCAUUUGUUAACGACUGGAUGGAGCAAGUUCGUGAACCGGAAGAAACUAAUUGCUGGAGAUUCUGUUGUUUUUAUGAGAGAAACGAGAGGGAAAAUGUAUGUAGGGAUCAGGCGAUCGAUGAGGCACGGGAACAAUGGAGAAGUGGCCAGGUGGAGGGAGCAUAUUGGAAUGAAGCCAGAGGCGGUGGUGGAGGCAGUGGAGAGGGCGGCGAUGGGGUUUCCGUUUGAGGUGAUGUAUUAUCCGAGGGCCGGAUGGGCAGAUUUUAUAGUGAGGGUGGAGAUGGUAGAUGUGGCAAUGAGGGUGUUUUGGACGGCAGGGAUGAGAGUUAAGAUGGCGGUGGAGACUGAGGAUUUGUCUCGAUUGACGUGGGUUCAGGGCACGGUUAUGGCGAUUUCUGUGCCCGAUAAUGGCCAGUGGUGUGGCUCACCGUGGCGAAUGCUUGAGGUUACAUGGGAUGAACCUGAAAUUCUGCAUUGCUCAAAGAGAGUAAGUCCUUGGCAAAUCGAAUUUGUUUCACCCACUCGACCACUUCAUGCAACAAUUCCUCCAGCAAAGAGAUCAAAAUUUCCUCAGAAUUCUGUGUCAGUGACUGAUGGAGAGGAAGAAAUUUUCUUUCCACUGACAGGAUUAACUAAUUCAGCAAUGGAGCACACAAAUCCUUCAUUGGUGAAUUAUAACACUUUUCCUGUUGGCAUGCAGGGAGCCAGGCAAAAUCCUUUUAGUGCUUUUAGUUUAUCUAACUUCAUAAGUGAGAAUACUCCUCAAGUUUGCAUUGAUAGUAUGCCAAAGUUGCAACGUGUUUCUACUGAAUUGAACAUUGGAAGUUCACAGUCUGACAACCUAUCACCAGAUAGCCAUGGUAGUGUGCAUUCCUAUGGUACUGAACUUCUUGGAAACCAGGGCUGUAACUUGACAAAAGUUGGUAUUGGCUCAUUUCAGUUGUUUGGUAAGAUCAUACAUAUGAAUCAGCCUGUUGGAAGUGGUUUGGAUGAUGUUGCUUGCUUGGAGGAUGAUGGCAGUAAAGGGUCCAAUGUAACUGAAGGUCUGGAUAAGCAAAUGAAUCUUCCCUUGACUUACACAGAACUGCUCAACAGGUCUUUGACUUUGGAGCGACUCAGCAGUUGAAGCUGAAGCUUGCUCUUUGUGAAAUAAUAGUUGUGUUGCAUUUUGACAAGUAGCUGUACAGGUACUUCAGCAGGGAGGGAAGACGAUAUCUUAGACCUUGGUAGAUAUUAGUUAGUGUAAUGUAGUUGUCAGAUGUGUCAAAAACUUGGUAACUGAUUUAGACUUUUAGUUUGUGUAAUGUUGGAACCAGAAGUUGGUAAAUAACGUUUAGUUCAAUGUUUUGAAUGCAUUUAUUUGAUUCUGGAUUAA